UUUGUAUUCUCAGGUUUUCGGAUUCCUCUGAGUGCAAAUAUCCAGUCACCAGCCUUCAAGCAGCAAACUGAGAUGGGUUUGGCCAAUGCUUACUACCUUGCCAGGGUACGACAGGAGGAAAUCAAGAAUGGUACUUAUGUCCCUUUGACAAGGAGGCGGAAAAGGCUGGCCAGUGCAACUAAUGACCCAAAUACGCAAGUUGAUGUAAGAUUUGACGUUUGA